UGACUCUGGAAGACGGGACACCCAGUCUGAGGGCGACCCGGCGAGCAGCGCUGCUGUUUGGAUCUGUUGUUUGGUUUGGUUGUCCUCAGCGGACCGUCAUCCUGAAUUCUCGGAGGGAAUCCCGUCUGUCUGUGGUAAAGACAAAACUUGUGCGCAAACUGAAAUCGUUUUCCAGUUCGCUCCGCUGCGCGCAGGACGGAGAGGAUCCAGGAAUCCCCUCUCCUCUCCUUCCUCUCCUCUGGACUCGUACUCUGUGCCGCUGGGACGAAACGAAUCCUGCUCUGAAAGUCGCAAACACGUGGUCAGAAUUAGUUUAAAUUUGUGUUUGAAGAAUCGAUAGCACCCGAACAGAACCGAGCCGGAGGGUGUGAGCUGCGGGAUAAUUGCCGCCUGCGCAGUUUGUGCAGCUUUCUCCCAGUUUAGGAUAAAAACACCCGACAGGAUUCCUGACAGUGUUUUCACUCUGACAGCCAAGCUGCUCACUUGUUGGACUGACUUUCCCGAGAGGUUCCGCUCUGAAGAACAACGUGUUUAUGGAUCGCUGCGCAGAGAGGAACUCCGGGAGUUGUUGGCUCUGCAGUUCGACAUCGAUCAUGUUGAUUCCCCGCGGUUGCUUUGUACUAUAAUAGAUGUUUACACAAAGUAUUAAGUCAUAUUUUAAAAGUGACUCUGUUCAGCUCAGACUAGCUCGCUUUGACCCCUGAGGACAGACGGAAGCGCCUUUUCGCCCUUCCUGUUUUCUGUUUUUCUUCAAGACAUCAGGACGGAUCUCUACCGCGCACUCCGACUUCUUCUCUGAUUUAAACAGAGGCAAAGUGUUUGGGGAUAGCAUGGCAAUGGUAGUAAACCAGUGGCCAGAGAACAUUUCUGCAGAUCCGGGCUCCCAGCUGCAGAUGUGCGGCCAGGAGCCCGGCGGGGGACCGGGGACUCCUAACGGUUCCACACCGGGGAACGACGCGCUUUCCGGGGAUAAGCUCCCCAACGUGGACUGCAUGGUGUGCGGGGACAAGUCCAGCGGGAAGCACUACGGCCAGUUCACCUGCGAGGGAUGCAAAAGCUUCUUUAAGCGCUCGGUGAGGCGGAAUCUGACGUACACAUGCCGGGGGAACCGGGACUGUCCCAUCGACCAGCACCACCGGAACCAGUGCCAGUACUGCCGGCUCAAGAAGUGUCUCAAAGUCGGCAUGAGGAGAGAAGCUGUACAGAGAGGACGCACGUCGAACUCCCAGAGCAGCCCGGGUCAGUACCUGACCAACGGUUCCGACCCGUACAACAGCCAGCCUUACCUGUCGGGCUUCAUCUCCCUGCUGCUGCGCGCCGAGCCCUACCCCACGUCCCGCUACGGGGCCCAGUGCAUGCAGGGAAACAACCUGAUGGGCAUCGAGAACAUCUGUGAGCUGGCGGCUCGGCUGCUAUUCAGCGCCGUGGAGUGGGCCAAGAACAUCCCCUUCUUCCCCGACCUGCAGCUCAUGGAUCAGGUGGCGCUGCUGCGCAUGUCGUGGAGCGAGCUCUUCGUCCUGAACGCCGCCCAGUGCUCCAUGCCGCUCCAUGUGGCGCCCCUGCUGGCGGCCGCCGGCCUCCACGCCUCGCCCAUGUCGGCCGAGCGCGUCGUGGCCUUCAUGGACCACAUCCGGGUCUUCCAGGAGCAGGUGGAGAAGCUGAAGGCCCUGCAGGUCGACACGGCCGAAUACUCCUGCCUCAAGUCCAUCGUGCUCUUCACGUCAGAUGCCAUGGGGUUGUCUGAUGUCGCCCAUGUGGAGAGCAUCCAGGAGAAGUCCCAGUGUGCUCUGGAGGAGUAUGUGAGGAACCAGUAUCCCAGCCAGCCGAACCGAUUCGGACGCCUGCUCCUCCGCCUGCCCUCCCUGCGUAUCGUCUCCUCGCCGGUCAUCGAGCAGCUGUUUUUUGUGCGACUGGUGGGCAAGACGCCCAUUGAGACAUUGCUUCGAGAUAUGCUGCUCUCUGGCUCCAGCUACAACUGGCCCUACAUGCCCACAGUGCAGCGCGAGCGGCCGCUCUCCCUCCACUACAAUGAGAACGGACCCUGAGGCUGAGCAACAGAGGAGAAGCUCAUCCUUCUUUCCUUCCCUUCCUUGCCCGCAGUCCACUUUUCAGCUUUCCCCGAGGAAGCAUCUUCCUCACCAUUCCACCCUUGAGACUCUUGCAACGUUACCAUCCCGGUUACACAAGCCAGCCAAUCGUUCGUCAAUGCCGAUACAGAGACUCAAUGGCCUCUCAAAGUCCCUGAGCUGAUAGAGUGCAGUCUCUCUUUUGGCAUGAGCUGGACAAGUUGCUGCACAGUUCACCAGCAGGUCUGAUGGACUCACUUCAGAUGUCAGUUAUAAAACUGUGCAAACAUUUGCCUAAUUCUUGGUGCUAUGCCUGCAUUUACAGAGCAUGUCUGAACCUGAGCAGGGACUAUGACAUUCGAACUCUGCAGCCAAGAACGCGAGGUCUGAGUGUGUAUUUACUAAAUUUUGAAAAGUAAACCAGAAGCCAUUAAAAGAAGACAAAUGCCAAAAUGUCUUGAACUUUUGCAGAUGACGUUAUAUUGUGUGUUGUUUUAGCACUGUUUGUAUGGAGAGAUAACUCAUGAUUGUGUCCAUAUGUAUAGUAUAUCAUUGAUUCAUUGGCAUCUAAGGCGUCUUUGGGUUCACUGAAUUAAAAAGCUCAGGUUUCUAGGGGUGUGUGGGGGUUCAGACUAGCAGACAUGUCAGUAUUGGGUUCUGGUUGUUCUGCUCCGUUGUCACUUCGACCAUUUCCAGUUUUGAUCACAUCGUACCCAGAUUUUCAUGGAGAAGGAAGGAAGUUAUCUUCCACAGGCCUCUUCUUGUUUGUGUUUAGGUCUUUUGGUGCACACUUUGACCGUCAUAUAUUUAAAGUAAUCUACUGUAUAUUGGAGUUAUGUGACUCCAAUGAAUAAUUUCCAUUAAGAGGUUGCAGAUAGUUUAUUUGGUUUGGUUAGAUGACAUAUUCUUUCAAAUGUUUUCAGAACCAAUUCUGAAAAUUUCAGAAAAUGAAAAUGUCUUUAUUAAAUUCAGGGAUAUUAUGAUAUCAUGUCCCAAUAUUUCUCGUAAUAUUGAUCAUUUUUUUAUAUUUGAGAUCCUGUCAGGUUGCAGUCAGGAGGGGUUUAUUUGAAAAGAUAUGCAUGGUGACAUUCCUGCUGCCACGCAUACUGACUUGUUUUGGAAAUAUUGAUUUGUUUGAAAUAUUGUAAAUGGAGACAGAAGAAACAAGCUUGAUCCACAGGUUCCUCGAUGAAGUACUGAGAAACUAUUGGUGACAUUGGAUUGCAAUUUGCAGCUUACAGGUCACUAUUUAGAAGUGAUAUACAUUUAAUUCGACCGACUUUAGCUAAAAAUCUGAAAUUCUUACAACCUGGAUAAUCCUCUUUAAACACAGGCACUGAAUUACUUUAAAAUCCAUUUGUCGUUCUCAAAACUUUCACUGUAUUUUUAACUACUAUUCUUCAUCAUGACCACCUUCAAUUGGUUCCUGCAUGAAAACUUUACAUAGAGAAGUUGUUUUAACCCAGUUUUCUCAUAAAUGUUGGUAAAAUCUCAUCUCAGAAUGUUCCUGUAAUCUAAAUACAGAGUAUUACCUCAGUGUUUGGUCAUUUACAGUGUUAUUUACCCACAUUUUGAUUCUUGCCUUGGUAAGAAAAACUAAUAUUUUAUCAUCAUCCUUUGAUGCAUCUGAUUCAGUUUGAUAACCAGAUUGCCAGGUAUUUUUGGACAUGACAACAAAAUGGAGCACCAUUUCUAAGAUAGUCACAAAUACAGCAUAGAUGUGCUACUUUUACUAAAUUUAAGCAUCCAUUUGGAAACUUUAAUCUCACUUUAAACUUUGCAGAUUUUCUGUCAACAUUGAUGUUUCUCUCACCUGGCCUGGUGAACACUUGGAGUGGCUCCAACUGACUGCAACCUGACCAAUUUUUUUGAUUAAUUCAGCUGUUAAAUCUUUGGCCCACUCAUAAACGUGUCCACAUUUUAUCCUCAAAUAUGGAAAAAUGCACAGAACGCUGUGAUUUCUACACAAAAGUCCGCACCAAAACCUACAACAAAUCUAUAUUUAUGUAAGCAUUUUUUUUACAAACUGAGCUCCCACAAGGAACAGUAAAAAUAUGCAAAAGUAACUGAACGAGUGAUAAGUGGAAGUAGGCAUGGAUGAAUAGGGAAAACCUAGGAGAGGGUUGGCAUCAGGGAGUCAGCAGAACAGCCAGAGCCCUCAGCGUUAGCGCAAGAACAAAAACAAACCCAACAAAUUCUACACUUAGGAGCAACCUGUGCCAAAGCAGACAUACAUUUAGUUUGGAAUAGAUUUAUGUCAGUUAAAAAAGCAAAUGUAACUUUUUGGUUGGUCUUUAAUUUGACUACAAUUGUUUGGAUCCUCAGGUUAAGCGGAUCAUUUUAUAAAAUAAAAAAAAAAAAAUAAAAAACAACAUCAUACAUUAAAGCUUUGGCACUUGCAUUGAGAUCUUGUCAGACUGGAUACUUAUUCACACUUGUUAAAUCUCAGCACUGGUGGAAUAUUUCUGCCCUGUACCCAUUUGAUGAAAGUACAUAUUUACUUUUUUAAAAGAUUCACUAGAACUCCCUCAUUGAUGCUGCCACUGGAGGCAGCCACGCCACUGAUCAUCAUAGAUGUGUGUGUUUCUUUUUUGUAAUGAUUGUCAGUAUUGGACCUUUUAGACUUUAGGCAGGAAGUGAGUGUCUGGGGGGGGGGCAAUGUACAGAAUUAGCUGUACUUGCCUUAGAACAAAGAUUUGUCACUGAGCAUUUAUCUUAUGACUGUGCCAUAAUCUCUCGUUACCUGUUAUAACAGGUAUUAUGUUCUGUCAGGAGUGGAAAGAAGCUCACAUGAUGCAGAAAUGGAACGUGCAUUUUCAAAAAAGACAUGUAUAUGUGGAUUAUCUUUAUGCAAUAAUUAGACAUUAAAAAAAGAACUACUCACGAUAGAAUUUUUUUUUGCUUCGACAUCAACAGCACUUUUAGUUUUUAGACAUCAUGCAAGUUAUUUUUCCACUUCCGGGUGAUAUUGUUGUGUAGGGAAAAGCCCCUAAACUCAUGUCAUUUGAGCUUAUCAUGUGGAGUAAUGUAUCACUAACCUCUGAAAACCUCAGUCUGUGUUGCAACACUAUCCCUGUGGGACUUAGGACUGUGUUAAUGUAGGAAUACUUUAAGUUUUUAUUAUUUUUCCUUUGUCCUUUUGUUGGAAAAAUUUUGUUUAUGUCACAUUUCCAACGCCACACCGUAGUAUCGACGUCGAGCAUCAGUAUUGGAAAAGCCAUCAGGGACCUGAGAAAGUUGUGUUGGUAAAUAAAUCCACAGAAAGUUUCUAAGAGUUUGUUUUUAUCCCUUUUGCUUUUGUUUGGAAAUAUUGAUUAUCCAAUAAUUGAAAUAAAGUUUUGUUCACACUAA